UAUUAGUAGUAUGUCUACAAUGGAUUUGACUAGUAACUCACACAGUGAAGAUAGUGGUGUAACUGAUAUGAGUACUAGCACAGAAAAGGUAGAAGCUUCUUUCGAUGACUAUGAAAUGGAUGACAAUAAAGAAAAUGCUUUGCCAAACAACAACACUUUAUUGUCUCCAAUUAUAAAUCCAACACCGUUACAUCCAAUUAAGAGCUAUGAGACUUAUUGCACUGUUCCAGGUCGAUUGACUCUUCUUUCUAAUUUGAAGAAAUAUCGAGUUACAAUCGCUGAAGUUCAACGUCGUUUGUCUCCGCCUGAAUGCUUAAAUGCUUCUGUGCUUGGUGGAAUUUUACGAAAGGCUAAGAACAAGGAUGGGGGGAAAAUUCUUCGUGAACAACUUUUGAGUUAUGGUGUUGAAUUGACCUCGGGCAGACGCCGACAGGUUCAACUAACUUGUUUUUCAAGUCUUGUUGAGGAAGAAGUGGCGCAGAUUGCUAGUGACUUUAACUUGGUUAAUUCAAAGCAUUAUCCGUUGAAGGAAGUGGCUAAAUAUGUUCUUGGUGACAUAGAAGUCCACAACUCACAGGAUGCUUCCAUGUAUCGUCGUAUGGGACUUUUUUAUGCUAGUGCAUUACUUCAACGCAUUCUCGACCUCCACCGUGCUGACCGUACGCCGCUUGCUGAUUCUUUUCUGAAGUUUGAUCCACGAACUCCACACUUGGAUGAAAAGUUGCAGCAAGAAUUAUCGAAUUAUACUUUGGUUAGUUUUAUUUUUGUCUAA